AUGUUUGUUGUACUUGCAACUUACCACGACGAUUUGGAAGUGCCGGCAGGGGUGGUCAUUAUGAGAAAGGAGAGAUUCCAGGAGCUUCGCAACAAGGGCGUGAGCCUCCCUCACCUUGCAGACUACAUCCGGCUGCGUAUGAUGCAGGGAGAUGGCGGUUGGCUGCUUGACGUCAAUGUCUUGUGGUUGAGGCCACCGCCAAAGCAGACUGAAGAGCUCAACUUCCACAUGUUCUCUUCCUUGCGUGCGAGACCGGGUAGCACGUGGCAGGGCAAGCUGGCUGAGUUUCGUAAGUGGUCGACUCAGUACCUCGCAAUGCCUGGUGACGAGUUGUUUGUUGCGACGCCUUUCUAUGCUCCAGCCUCUUCGCUUUGGCCGGCAGAACUGGUGCGCAAAAUGGAGCUUCACUUCAACGAUUCCGGCUUCGGCGACUACAAUGGGAUCAUGCAGCUUUCGCAGGAGCUACUCUCAAAGCACGGGCUGGAACAGUCGGUUUCGCCGUGGAGUGCCUUCUGCCCGCUUCACUACUGGUCUAGCAGUCCGUUGAAAAAGCGGAAGGAGAGUGAGGGGGAGGCGACGCGCAUCCUGGAGGACCCGGCCACCUUUGGAGUGGCAGCCUUCUGGCAAAGCAUCAGGACCGAAAAGUCCCAGUUCCAAGUUGCAGAGCAGGGCUCCACCUGGCGCUUCUUGUGA